AUACAGCUGCAGAGCAUGUCGAAACACAUCACAGAUACACUUUCCCUGGACAUUGGAGUAAUAACUACAGUACCUAUGAUGAUGAUGAUGAAACAGCUUACAUUGAUUCUACUGUUCUUAGCUUUUUGUCUUGAUGCAGCGCUUGCAAAGUGCAAUUUGGCUGGUCAGUGGAAGAAUGACCAGGGAUCUACUAUGACAAUAUCUGACGUUAAAGAAAAUGGGGUGUUCUCAGGCAGUUAUCUGUCAGCUGUAUCUGCCCCCAAUAUGACCAUCAUGGGAUCACCUCUUAUCGGAUAUCAAAAAUUAAAUGGAUUUGGGUUCACUGUGAAAUUUGAGUUUCCAGCUUCUACUUCAGUGUUCACAGGUCAGUGCUUCAUAAAUAAAGGAGACAAAGUUUUGUAUACUAUGUGGCUGAUGAGGUCACUUAGUCAAGAUGUUCAGGAUAACUGGGCGCAAACAAGAGUUGGGUAUGAUAGAUUUUACCCAUUGUCCUAAACACCUUCAGUAAAGGAUUACCCACCAGUUUCCAUACAAUAAACGGCAUGAAUUAUGAAACAGUGGAAUUUAUAUUAAAAAAAUUCAAUAAAACUAAUGCAAUAUGAAACAA